CAUACGCUCAGCUGCCUUCGCUGUUUUCCUCUUCCUCUAAACAUCCGAAACCCACGACGCUUCAGCUUCUACCACAAAUUUAAAAUUUAUUUUUGUGUUAUCUUCUAAUUCACUGGCUUCCUAACGUUGUUGUGGGGCUCAGCAGCUCGUCCUGUUGGUGGUGGUAAUGCACCACAAUGUUGUUGACCACUGAAUACAGAAGAAGAAACGCGGAACUGUCCGUUCACAAGUUCAGUUUUGAGACACUAAAUGGGUAAAAACCUGUGAAAACAUUUAAUGAACACCAUGGCGUCUGAUAGACACCAGUGUUCGUGUUGCUCCCAUCCUGUGUCUUCUCCCAGUGUUUACCAGACACUGAAUGAAAUGGAUUUUGAACGAGGUAUCUGGUCUGCUGCAAUGGAUGGAGACCUGGAACGAGUCAAAUCCUUGGUCCAGAAGGGCACUGAUCCAAACCUAAGAGAUGCAGCUGGGUACACAGCUCUGCACUAUUCAAGUCGCAGUGGUCAUCAUGUCGUAUGCAAAUUUCUGCUUGAGAACGGUGGUUGUGCAUCUCCCCAGACACCAGGCGGUGCAACACCACUCCAUCGAUCUGCUUACUGCGGGCAUCUGGAUGUGGUUAGACUCCUGCUGCACCAUAAAGCAGAUCCAAUGAUCUGUGAUGACGAUGGUGCAUCACCUUUACAUAAGGCAGCAGAACAGGGGCACAAGGAAGUGUGUCAGCUACUUAUUGAGCAAAGUCCUUCACUCUGCAGCCAGGUGAACAAGAGGCUGCAGCUACCCUACCAGCUGGCACCCCAGGGAGACCUGCAAGAACUCUUAAAACCAGCUGGGUGAAAUCAGAACACUACAUCAGGAGCAUGCACAAGUGUUAAGAUCAGACAUCUCAAAAAAGACGAACACAUUUUUACUUAGAUUCAGUACUUUUGACUCCUUUUUCUUCACAGGACUUAAGGAAAAAGCCACUCAAUGGAGCAGAUUUGACACAAGAUCUUUGUUUUUUGUUUUUUGUUUGUCUUUUUUACCGUAACUAUUGUCCUGAAGUUGUAGCAACAGGUACUAACAUGUAAACAGCAAAUCCAAGUCAGAAUGUUCCUAGAGCUUCUCACAAGCUCCCUUAAAACAAAGAUGGCAACACUACAUGUUUUUAACUCAAGAAAUACAAACUCUUGAGUGUUAAAAGACCAAAGUACUAAUUCAAACUGAUAAUUUGAUUCUAAGUAAAGUUGCAGGCUCUGAAAUGUAAUCAUAUGAUGAAAGCUACAAGAAACCAUCUGAAACAGCGGUUCUCAACUGGUCUAGCAUCAAGACCCACCAUCAUCUCUUUGACGACAAAUCGUGACCCAAAUUGUUUACAUUUUUCAUUCAGAGCCAGUUGUUAUUCAUUGAAAAUCUGUCAGUUCAGACUUGAGAUGGAACAAAAUGUGUGAUUGAAUAAGGUGAUUGAGACAUGUCUUUCAGUAAAAAAGCACACUGUUGACUUUUUGCUGCAUAUGUUUUUUCCCGGCACACAUGUGCGACUCACUGAAAAAUGGCCUCGCUUCUCACUUUUGGGUCCUGACCUACCAGUUGAGAAUCAAAGUUCUGUACGAAACUUCUGUUAUUUUUGUGAAACAAAAGUCAUAGUUAAGAGAAUUUUAUGCCCAAAUAAACACAACAAAGAAGAAAA